GUGACGCUUGGUUUUAUUUCUUGUUCAAAAUUGAUCAAUUUCUAAAAUGGACUCAAUAGUAGAGGAUAUGAAUGAGCUGGAAUCAGCAUCUUCAUCACCAUCAAAUUUACAAGCAUAUCCGAUAUUCCUCAAUCAAAUCGAAGAAUUAUUUGAAAUGCAAAAUUUUAAUGGUUUUUUGCCAUGUUAUGUUUAUCAAAUUCACUUUACGGCCAACAAAAACACCACACCAAAUGAUAUGGAUGGACAAAUGUAUACUACAGAAACGACGGACAUUAAAGCAUUAUUUGAAUCUGAAUUGGCUGCUGUACGCAUAGCAUUAGACGAGAUAUCCAAUGAGAAGGCUCGAAUAGACAUUGAAUCGCAGCGUUUGUUGGAUGAAAAUACUGCAUUAAAAAAUCGUAACACCGUCCUUGAAAGUGAUAUUGUUAACUUGAAGAAGAAUGUAAAAGAUUUGCAACACAAUUUGGAAAGAGAAACAUUAACUCGGGUUGAAUCUCAAAAUACGGCAAUAACGCUACGUGAAGAAUUGACAUUCAAUGCUCAAAUUCAUGCUCAAGAAAUGAAAGAUAUGCAUGUACGUAUUUCAAAAGAAAUCGUUGAAUUGGAGAGUCAUUUACGGAAUGCGAAACAAUCAAAUUUUCUAAAAUCAUUGAAACAAUUGCGUAACCAAUACAUGUCACAAUUGCGUAAAAAUCAAAAUGUUAUCCAAGCUUUGUACGACACUAAGAUUAAAUAUUUACAAAAUGACAUUAUCCGUGCCAAUGACUCAGCUACUGCUGCCACCAAAGAAAUUUCCAAAGUCCAAAGUCAAAUUCCGACGUUAAAUGAAAAAAUUGAUCAUUUAGAGGGCAAAAAUAAAUCUUAUCGAGAACGCAUUCGAGAGCUUGAAGAGACAAUUGAUAAACAAUUGGGCAUUCAUGGUGAAAAUGAAGGGGUAAUCCAUCGUUUACGGAGAAGUGGCUCAACAACUACAAAAUUAUCUCGAUCUUAUGGAUCUCAAAGUCACAAUGGACUUGGAAAUCGCAGCGUAUAGAAAAUUGUUGGCCGGUAAAGAAGGAGGCUUAUCAGGCGAAAUGAUAAACCAAACUGAUGAAUCGAAGGAGUCGGACCAAUCGACUUCAGAUGAAACCGAAAUCAAUUCACGCAAACGCAAA